AUGGAUCCUGCCCCGGGAGCUGCCCCGGGAGCUGCCCCGGGAGCCCCGCGGCCAAGUGGCUUGAUCCCCCCUCGCAAUUCCGGGCUCGGAGCGCGGCCGCGGUGCUUUUCCACUGCUGAAGGAAAUCUCUGCCGGCUGAAAAAUGGCCUAAAGGAGACCCCAACUGGUUACAGCCAAGGGCGGCCGCAGCGGCAGCGCUGCCGGAGGUGGCUGGAGCACGGCGAGGCUCUGGAGCAGCCCCCAGCGCCUCACCGCUCCCGGACCAUGCUCCCACUUCAAGGAUCAGCAUGGGCGAAGGUGACAGCCCCCAAAAAUCCCCGGCAGCGGAAUGGCCGCGGCGGCUGUGGCACGCCGCGGGGGCUGGCUGGGGGCUCGGAGCAGCAGAGACCCGAGCGGAGAGAUGUUGGAGACCUGCCAUCUCUGUCGCUGGCACCAGCGCUACCCUUGUCCACCCCCGGAGCCCCCCGGAACAGCCCCCACACCGGUCGGGAGUUCCGGCAGCACCAGGGCAGGAUGCGGCCCGGGACGCUCCCGGUGACAGUGGCGUUCGCUUUGCCGCAGCUCCCCCCUCCCCUUGGCCCCCUCCCCGAGGAAGGGGGAGGCACCACCCCCGCCCCCCACUCCCGCCCCCAGCCCCAUUUUCAGGCGGGACCAUUCAAAACCCGCCCGACCCAGACGCCCCCCCCACACCUCUUCCCCCCGCCCCGAUUCCGCCGCCGCUUUCCCGGGGCCGCAGCCGACGAUGCUCCGUUUACAGGCAGCGGCGGCGGCGCGGGGGGAGCGUGUGCGCGGCGCCGGGGGCUGAGCCAGCGGCGGGGAGCCGAGCCCCGGGACACUUGGCGGGGAGGAAGAAGAAGAGGAGGAGAAGGAGGGAGGAGGAAGAAGAGGCCGCCCUUGGCCGCGGCCCCGCCAUGCCGAGCCCCACCGGGGAGCGUGGCCCGGUGGCAGAGGCACCCCAGGGGCUGUGAGCGGCCGCGGGGCUGGCGGAGGUGUGCGUGGGGGGGUGGCAGCCGUGGAGCGGCAUGGCCAGCCCCGGCCCCCCCGCUGCCGCCGCUGCCGGGAUUUAGCCGGUGCCUGGAUGCUUUCGCCUCCCGUUGGCACUUCGGGAGGGCAUGUCCCUCCGGGCCCCGCCUGCUCCUUGACUCGCCGGUGAAGGGCUCCGCCGCCAGCCCCGUCCCGCCACCGGCCCCGGAGAACAGGGAGCGCCCGCCCGCCCCGGCCCCGCUGCUCCGGUGGGUGCCGGGCGGGGGGGCGCCGGGCACCGGUAACUUGGGCUUUAGCGUUCCCUCCGGUACCGGCUAG